AUGGCUUCAUUUGAAAAUGUGGAAACACUUCGACGAAUUGCAUCAUACGAAAUGGCCCAUCACCGCUAUUCACCUUUUGCUUACCUUUUUACCAUUAAAGAACUGCAAGUGAUGGAGUACCUGUACGACUUGUCUUGGUACAGAGUCGCCUACGGCCAUACUGACCACAAAGCAGGGACCAUUGUCACCAGUGAUCUCUGCCGUAAACUUCAUGAGGUCAUCAAAUCACCGCCCAGUGAUGGCCACACAAAGGCGACGCUGUACUUUAGUCACGAUGGUCUUUUCAAGCGACUACUUGGCUACUUUGGGCUUUUCAAGUACUUUCCACCCUACCAGCUGCGACACAACCGCCUGUACAUUUCCAAAGAGCGUCAGUGGAGAGUUUCGUACCUCUUUCCUUUUGGAACCAAUCUCUGUGUGGUAUUGUUUCGUUGUGGUGGCAAGCACAAACUGCUGACGUUGUACAACGAAAUACCCGUCACUUUGGAGGGAAUGACCAGUGCGUUGACAGAUUUAGAAGACUUUUUAGUUCACUACAAUCACUAG